AUGAGGACAUCCAUGACUUUCCCGAGUGUGGGUGUGAUGGGGAAAGGGAGUGACCCAACAUCCAUCCCGGGCUUUGGCGGAACGCAGGAUAGAAUCGGAGCGAGGAGGGUCUCAGACUCGCCGGCAGGGAGUGAAGGGGCAGGAGACGGGCAGCCUCAGGUCCAAGCGUUCCUUUGGGCUGGGGGGCGGGGUGGGGGGAGGGGUUGUUGGCUCUCACCUCAGGAGCAGGAAGUCCCCCCCUCCAGUCAUUCCCCCCAUGGGGGAGGGGGGCACCGCCAUGCCUUGGGCUCUCUCGGGCUAGAUCGGAGAGGAGAGCAUUUAUCCACUGCACCCCACCGUGCCAGACUGGGAGCAGAAGUACAAGUGCUAGCGACGGUCCCUACCCUUCGAGAGCCUCUCACCCCGCCAAGAGAGCUAGGAGGAAGUAGGGCAAGCGAACAAUUCAGGCCCAGACGAGAGUGCGAGAGGCAGCGUGGCGGGGUCUUUCACACAACAGAACCCAGAAAAACCUCCCGAUGUACCGCCGGAGCCCAGAGAACGUGGGAGAAUCCGUCGCCUUUGAUCCCAGGAGGCGGGCUUCUGCGGAGCGAGCUCUCCCGGCCUCGGAUCCGCGCCCGCUGGGGCAGAUGCUCAUCCAACGAGGGUGAGCGCGGCUCCCGGCUGCCGUCCUUCGUUUGCCAAGAGGACCGGCGGCGGACAGCUUGGCUUAUCCGUUACCUGGAUGUCCGGGAGGCCGAAGGGCUCCUUGCUGGUCCCUCCCUCGCUAACAGGAGGGAUUCCAUGUUGGAUGACUGACCCGCCAGGGGGGCUUUCCUGCCACUAACAAAUUCUUUUGUACCCAGUAAGUGGUUUAAACCAGUUUCAUUAAGGCAAAAGUCCUCAAGGCUCCUCCCUUAGCAAACUUCAUCCCAUCUGGGUGUGCAAAUUAGGCGAGGCUCUCCCGAUCAUAAUCCCUUUGGAAACUUGGUUACAGCUAUAACCUGGUGGUCAAUAAGGAAGUGGCGGUGUUUGGGGGAGGAAGGGAUCUCCCACUGGCUGCCUCGCUGAUGGACGGCUCCUACAGCGCCCUUCUCUCUCCGGCCCCAGCGACCAGCGCCGCAUACAUGGGCGAAGAGACACUGAGCUCGGAGCUCUGGCUUGCUGUAGGAAUCCCUUUCCGGAGUCUGAGCCAUCUCGCCUAUCAACCACCUGACUCGUGAUCCCCUGUGCUUGUACUUUUGACUCGUCCCCCAAAUCCCUUCACAUUAUGGUUAAAGAAUUUCUAAGAUCUCUGAUUUAUCAUGUCAGAGAAUUUGAGUCUGAAUAAUUUCUUCCCUCUCUUUCUCUCCCUCCCUCUCCUCCCUUCCCUCUCUCUCCUUCCCUCUCUUUCUCUCCUUCCUUCUCUCCCUCUCCUUCCCUCCCUCUCUCCCCCCUCCUUCCCUCUCUUUCUCUCCCUUUCUCUCUCCCUCUCUUUCAUACCUUCCCUCUCUCCCUCCUCUUUCUCUCUUAUUCUCUCCUUCCCUCUCUCUUUCUCCCUCCCUUCAUUUCUCCCUCCCUCUUUCUCUCCCUCUCUUCCUUUCCUUUCUUUCUCUCCCUUUCUCUCUCCCUCUUUUUCAUACCUUCCCUCUCUCCCUCCUCUUUCUCUCUUAUUCUCUCCUUCCCUCUUUCUUUCUCCCUCCCUUCAUUUCUCCCUUCCUCUUUCUUUCCCUCUCUCCUUUCCUUUCUUUCUCUCCUUUCCUCCCUCCCUCCUCUAUCUUUUUCUCCCUUUCCCUUCCUUCUUCCCUCUCUUCUUCCCCUUCCCCCUCUCUAUUUACUUAUCUGUCUGUCUCUAUCUUUCUCUGCCUGUUCAUCCAUACAUCCAUCCCAUCCAUCCAUCCGUCUAUAUCAGACUGCAGCAAAACUCGUUCAACCAUUUUUCAGUAGCCUCUGACUCUUUGUGACCCCAUUUGGAGUUUUCUAGGCCAAGAUAUUGGAGUAUUUUGCCAUUUUCUUCUCCAGCUCAUUCUACAGAUGAAGAACCGAGACCAACAGGGUUAAGUGACUUGCCCAGAACCACAUAGCUAGGAAAUGGGUGAGGCCCUAUUUCCCCUCAGAAGAUGAAUCUUCCUGACACUCUAUUUGUAUCCCAGGUGCUUAGAGCAGUGCUUGGUAUGUAGUAGGUGCUUAAUAAAUGUUUAUUGAUUUUUUUUUUUGCUCAAGAUUACAUAUAAUAUGUGCUAAUCUGGAGGAUUACAAAAUGUCUUCCUUUUCACCCAGCUUCACCUGCUGGCAUCAGACAAGGGUGAUUUGAAUGGACCUAAAGGGCAGGCUAAGGAAUAUCGAAAUGAGAGAAGAAAUAAAUCAAAAGCCUAAUUUAAUCCUUUUAUAAAUAGGAGAGCAACUAAGUGAUGCAGUGCACAGAGUGCUGAUCCUAGAGUCAGGAGGACCUGAGUUCAGAUCUGCCGAGAAAAUCCCAAAUGGGGGCAUAAAGGGUCAGACUUGAUGGACUAAACUAUAAAACAGGCACUUUUAAAAAGGCAUUUUUAAAAUUUGUCUUCCUCUCUGG